AUGUCAGGGAAUCAAGAGACUCUUGACCAAUUCAAGGUAAUAGCAGGCUUGGAAUCAUCUGACAAUUCAAGUGACGUUGACGACAAAAUCCACCGUUUGUUGACUGUUCACGAUUUUGAUUUAAACAAUGCAAUCUUGACGUACUUGGAAUCAGGAUUUGAGACAGUUGAAUCGGCUAAUUUGAAUAAUCGAAGUGAUAGAGGUGCAAGCUCGGCAAUAGAUCCGAGAGAGAUUGAAGGCAUAAAUGGUUACGGUGGUGGUGGCACCGGUGACGGUAUUAUCCAAGAUGAUGGAGGCAUUGGAGAACUAAUACACCGAUCAGCAUCAACCAGAACAAGAAGCGAGUACGUCAAUUUACAGAGCCAAAUGUUCCUCAAUUCACUUAUGCCUAGAUUACCUAAAGCCCCUCAAAUAUCUACACGUUGGCAAUUGGAUGUGGGGAUUCAUAGUUCACUCAUUCAUGAAAGAGAAGAGAGCGAAAAGGAGAAACGUAAAUUGUCAGAAAAAAAGGAGUUGGAAGAUCAAACAUUGAUUGAGCAAAGUAGUGAAGUGGCAAGCGACACAUCAAGCGUGAGUCUGCGUACAAUUCGCAACUCAAACUCAAACUCAAACUCAAUUUUGAACACAUUGUGGAUAAUCUUGCUAAUUAUACCCAAGAAUUUUCUUCUGGUGAUUAUCAGCUCCAUCAAGUUCUUUUUUGGGUUUGGUUGGAGUAGUGGUGAUGAUGAGAAUGAUAACAAUUUCAAGCUCAAUAAACCGUUUGACUUUGAAAAAUUUCAUCCGGAUUAUUCCUACUUGUCUGAAUUGAAGAAAAAUGAGGAACUGAAUGAAGCUAGCACAUUUGAGUCGUACGACAUAGUUGAGUCUGGAUUCAAUGAACUCCAUUCGCAUUGUCAAAAUGAGUACGAUUGGUUAUUGGUUAUCUUGACCAACGAUGCCAUAGAAACCACAAAUUUUGUUACAAAGUUGCUCCAAAACUCCCUUUUCAAGAAAUCGUUCAACAAAACUGACGGUAAUUUCAAAUCGGCAAAGUUGUAUUUCGCAAAUGUUGAUCAUUCGCCAGAGGCGUGGGAGAUUGGCCAAACUUACAAAAUCAAAAAGACACCGUACGUCAUGCUUGUUGCUAACGUAUCGCCAAGCCCUGAUAUUAUGGCUUCAAUGUCUAUAGUCUACAAAUCAAACUUGUCAAGACAGUUUAUCAUGGAUGACGAAUUAAAUGUGACGGUUUUGAAAAUCGCCAAGUAUUUGACCAAGAAUAUCGACAAGUACAAUCCGCAAUUGGUGGCUGCUCGAUACGAUAAACAGGAAACCGACUUUAGUCGAAUGAUUAGACAACAGCAAGAUGACGCUUAUACGCAAUCACUACUAAAGGAUAAAAUAAAGAAACAAAAACGAGAUGAAGAGUUGCGUUUGAAACAAGAGGCUGAACUUUUGGUCAAGUUGAGACGCUGGUUUCUUUUCAAUUUAAUCAAGGAGAAUCAUAUUCAUAGUUUGACUAGUAAAGAUGAUUCCUUGCGUGUGGCUGUUAAACUACCUAGUGGGAAAAGAUUAGUUGAACAGUUUGACAAGUCAAUUACAAUUUUGCAAUUUUUCAUAUACAUUGAACUCAAAUUGUUUAUUGAAGAGGUGGCACUGGAAUUGAAUCAUGCUAAUGAGAAUUGGGUUCAGGAUAAAGUGACUCUAGACGAGUUGAUUCUGGAAUUGGAUCUGCAAAUUCCCGAGCAACAUAAAGAAAAGUAUGACGACGUGCAUGGAUAUUACCUGGAAAAUCCAUUCAAGUUUGAAGUUGUACAACCGUAUCCUAAGAAAGUUAUUGACUGUGACUCGGAAUUGACAAUUGAACAAGUGCCUGAAUUCAAGGGUGCGAAUUUCUUGGUUGAGUAUAUAGUUGAGGAAGAAGAAGACGAGGAAGAAAAGGAAAAGGAAGAUUGA